AUGUCCGUGGAAGAGAAGCUCAGAACUCAAUUUCCAGAGACCGUUUACACGGCAUUGGCACCACCGGACCGUCAUCCUGGGUUCAACUACAAGGGCUUCCAUCCAGGCCGGGUUACUCGACUCCCAAGGGGUCAUGUAAAGGAGCCUGGGUAUCAGGCGUUCCCGGUGGAUGUGACUUGGGACGAAGACCAAGCAAUUGUCAUGCGUGACGGCGUCAAGCUAUAUGCAGACGUAUUUCGCCCCACGGAUGAGAGUGAGAAGGUACCUGCAAUCCUACCCUGGAGCCCAUAUGGAAAGGUCGGGACCAGUACUUUAAGCUACGAUAAUAUGGGGCCAUGGCGAAUUGGUAUUCCAUAUCAGAAUCUGAGCGGAUACGAGACCUUCGAAGGUCCAAACCCGGCGGAAUGGUGUUCCCGGGGCUAUGCAGUUGUAGAUGUCGACGCCAGAGGGGCGGGUCAUUCAGAGGGGAACCUCAUGUUCUGGGGCGAACAGGCAGCGGUUGAUAUCUACGAUACGAUCAGCUGGAUAGCCCAGCAACCAUGGUGCAACGGAUCGGUAGUUAUGGCGGGAAAUUCGUGGUUGGCUAUCUCACAACUCAACUUUGCGUCGCGAUUCCAGCACCCGAACCUGAAAGCGAUUGCCCCUUGGGAAGGAUUGACGGACCUCUAUGAUCAUCAGAUAUGCCGCGGAGGAAUCCCGAAACCUGCGUUUGGUGAAUUGAUCCUGAGAGGGUUUGCAGGGAUGGGAAAGGCAGAGAAUAUCGGUGCCAUGGUAAAGUCCUACCCAUUGUUUGACGAAUACUGGGAGGAAAAGCGAAUCAAACCAGAAGACAUCAAGGACAUUCCGAUGUAUCUUACAGCCUCCUACUCGACUGGCCUACAUUGUGAGGGCUCCUUCAGAGCGUUUGAAAUCGCACAGACAUCUCGGAAGUGGCUACGCGUGCACUCUACGCAGGAGUGGCAUGACCUAUACCGACCAGAAGCUACAGACGAUCUGCAGCGCUUCUACGAUUACUACGCUAAAGGUAUCCAAAACGGCUGGGAGGCGGAAACACCCCGUGUACGACUGAGCCUAUUGGGGUAUGAUGGUAGUAUGGUGAAAACGAUUGUGGAGCGCCCUGAAGAGCAGUGGCCUCCAGCACGGCAGCACAUCCGUCGCUAUUAUCUGGAUGCUGCAACUCAAUCGUUGAGUACAGUGCGGCCUGUGAGUUCUGCCAGGAUUACGCACGAAGGGCAUUCAUUGAUUGCUUCGUCGGAUUUCACUCUGUUCUUCGAUAGAUAUACCGAGCUAUGCGGGCGUCCCUUUGUGAAUCUAUACAUGUCUUGCAAUGUGAAGGACGACUUUGAUGUUGUGGUGCAGAUCCGCAAGAUCUCUGCGUCUGGAGAGCCUCUUGAAUCUUUGAACUGGUCACCGAUGCCUGUACCACGACCCGAGGUCCCGAAUGUCAAUGUCGCAAAGCAUUUAGGUCAGCAGGGUAUGCUCCGAGCCUCACACCGCGUGAGCCUACAGCCGCGAGCCAGCGAAGAUGAGGUGCCCGUGUAUGAUCACCGCAGCCGCAAAGCGAUCGCUCCGGGAGAGAUCGUCCCUCUGCUGAUCCCAAUAUGGCCCCUGGGCGUGGCUUUCGAGGCCGGUGAAGGUUUGAUGCUACGAAUUGCCGGUCAUGAUAUGUCACUCCCGGAAGCAGAAUCGUUGAGGUUAACAGCCCCAAUCGAUGAUAAUGAAGGGCAACACACGGUGUACACCGGUGGAGAGUAUGACAGCCAUCUUGUACUCCCGGUGAUCACCGAAUAG